GAAAUCAGUGUUCAGUGCUGAGCAUAGCAGGAAAGCAGAAAGAGAUGGAGGACAAGGAAGAAGAUGUAAGAUUGGGAGCCAACAAGUUCCCGGAGAGGCAACCGAUUGGUACGGCGGCGCAGAGCCAAGAUGAAGGUGGGAAGGAUUACACGGAGCCACCACCAGCACCGCUGUUCGAGCCCGAUGAGCUGACAUCUUGGUCCUUUUACAGAGCUGGGAUCGCAGAGUUCGUAGCUACUUUCCUUUUCUUGUACAUCACUAUUUUGACGGUUAUGGGUGUGGUCACGGCACAGACUAAGUGCCAAAGCGUAGGAAUUCAGGGGAUCGCCUGGGCCUUUGGUGGUAUGAUCUUCGCCCUUGUCUACUGUACGGCCGGUAUCUCUGGUGGUCAUAUUAAUCCAGCGGUGACGUUUGGACUGUUCUUGGCUAGGAAGUUGUCCUUGACAAGGGCCCUUUUUUACAUGGUGAUGCAGUGCCUCGGCGCCAUAUGCGGUGCUGGUGUGGUGAAGGGAUUCAUGGGGAACCCCCGUUACGAGUCUAACAAAGGCGGAGCCAACUUCGUAAACCCUGGCUACACUAAGGGCGACGGUCUUGGUGCUGAGAUUAUCGGCACCUUUGUUCUUGUCUACACCGUCUUCUCCGCCACUGAUGCCAAGCGAAGUGCUAGAGACUCUCACGUCCCUAUUUUGGCUCCUCUUCCAAUCGGGUUCGCGGUGUUCUUGGUACACUUGGCCACCAUCCCGAUCACCGGAACGGGCAUCAACCCAGCAAGGAGUCUGGGUGCUGCAAUCAUUUUCAACCGAGACAAGGCUUGGGAUGAUCAUUGGAUUUUCUGGGUUGGACCUUUCAUUGGAGCAGCACUUGCAGCACUAUACCACCAAGUGGUGAUCAGAGCCAUUCCUUUCAGAUCCAAGUAAAGGAUGAUGAUCAUGUGAUGAUUUAUGAUGCUUUAUCGGUGGCCGUCUGAUGUCGUUCUUCCUUUUUCUUUGUUUGGAAUGUCCCUGUGUAUCUGUAUGUAAAGAAUGUGAAAUGUCCCUAUCUAUUAUGCUUCUGCCUUCAUCAAGAACCUUCUUUAUUAUUAUUAUUACUUAAAAAAAAAAAGAGAAUUAUCAAUUAUUUUCAACGGUCCUAUCUUAAUUUGGUGGGCAAUGCAAUAUAUGAUGUGUAUCCUUGAUGGCUUGUAAAAUGUCAUUU